AUGAGGAGUAUAAAAGGGUUUAAUUUAUCUCAGAAAUGUAUGUUGGCUCUUUUAGAAUUAAAACUUCUCUUUUCCUUAUUUGACACGAAUCACGAUGGUAUAAUAUCCCAAAACGAGAUCCAAAACGUGAUUGAAGCAACAACAGGAACAUCAUUUCAACCUGAACAAUUGACUGCGUUCAUGAAACUUGUCGAUACAGACAAUAGCGGAGACAUCACAAUUGAUGAAUUUACGACGCUAAUGAACGAACAUGUCCAACAAAAGUUUCUCGGUCUACUUGAACUAUUUAAUAAAUUUGAUGUUGACAAAAAUGGAUCUGUUGAUAAAGACGAAUUUGAACAAAUAAUAAAAACAGUAGAUAAUGGAAUAUCCAACGAACAAAUUGAUUUAUUUACAUCAUUAUUAGAUAAAAAUGAUUCAGGAAAUAUUUUGUUCAUCAAAGACACUAGGUUUUUAGCGGGUUUUCCAGAGGAUCUUUGA